GUCCUCUGCAAAUAAAACUUUUUCGCUUGAUAAAAGCAGUGAAAAAUCAAAUCAUUUGCCGGAUUAGGUGUUAAAGCCUUUAUAUUACUUGAUUCUGAACAUAGUAUCAAGAAAAUGCAGUGGUAUUUCAGUGGAAAAAAUUAAAUUUGGUGAAUUUGUGAAUUGUUUAAAAAAAAUCAUCCAUUAAAGAACCUAUAUAAUCCAUCAUAAAAUGAGCUACUCUAGGGGCCAUCAAUAUUAUGAGCAACCUUCCCGUUCUCGCAGUCGGGACAGAAAGUAUCGUCGAGAAUAUCGUGAAGAGGGUGAAAGAUAUGAUUCAUCGUACGGAAAUUACACCGAAUACACCGGUGGUAGCUCUGCGCGCUACGAACGUCGACCUCCUCGUCAUGCUUCGUAUACAAGCAGCCAUAAAGCGCCUGAGCCGGCGACCAUGCCUCCCAGCCUCGUCCUGGCAGUGUUCAACCUCAGCAUCUAUACUACCGAAGCGGAACUGUACGACGUUUUUUCCAAAUUUGGUCCACUGAAGAAGGCGACCGUAGUGCUCGAUGCCAAGACCGGGCGCUCGCGUGGUUUCGGUUUCGUUUACUUUGAUAGCAUCGAAGACGCCAAGGUGGCUCACGCACAAGCAGACGGGAUCGAAAUCGGUGACCGCCGAAUAAGGAUUGACUUUUCGGCUACGGAAAAGCCGCACGACCCAACACCCGGAGUUUACUACGGGAAAGUGAGCUACCCGAAGAGUGGCGGCCGACAAUCGUUCGCGCCACCAGCUCCCGUUGCCGGAGGUAACAUGGGUGCUACUAUGGCAAGCACCGGAGGGUACUAUCACUGUCGGGCAUGUGAAAUCGAAGCCCGUGAACGCGAAAGAUGGGAACGGGAGGCUCGACGAUAUGGAAACGGAGAUCAGUACUAUUAUCAAGAAAAGUAUACUGCUCCAGACACCCGUACUCGUGACCGGUCGACAAUGUCAAGAACACGAAAUGAUUACUACAGAGGAGGUGCUGGCUAUCGUUGACAUUGGCCUUUGAUGGGUAUCGUAGAGCCACCGGGCGGAUAUGCUGCGAUGAUGUAGUAACUUUUGCUGAUGCUUAUCAUCUCUUCUGUUUUUUUCCUUUUCUAAAAGGCAAGGUUGUGGCCUCUAUCUUAUAUUAUGACUAUCGCAAUUUUUAGGCAUGCUCGGACAGAACAGUAAAUAACUGGUAUAAUUUAAAUCACGUAAAAAUUAUGCCACAGAAAAAUAACUUGGUAACAAGUUUUUAAAAACAAUACAUCUGACGAAUUACGCAUGCUCUGUCAAAUGAAAUCUUCAAACAGUAAAAAUCCAUAACUACCUACCAAAACUAUUUCUUGAAUUUGAUUUUUAGAAAAAUAAA